AAGCGGGACGCCGGCGCUCUGGGUGCUGGCGGUUUCUCACUGGUGCCAUUGAGGGCGGUAGUGGGCCUUCAAGGCUGCGCUCGGCACCGACGGUCCUCGCCUUCCGCCUCGCUCCCGGUCUCGCCAUGUCGUGCAACUACGUGGUCACCGCACAGAAGCCCACAGCCGUCAACAGCUGCGUCACCGGUCACUUCACCUCCGCGGAGGACCUCAACUUGUUGAUCGCCAAGAACACCCGCCUUGAGAUCUAUGUGGUCACCGCAGAAGGGCUGCGGCCCGUCAAGGAGGUGGGCAUGUACGGCAAGAUCGCCGUCAUGGAGCUCUUCCGCCCCAAGGGGGAAAGCAAGGAUUUGCUCUUUAUUUUGACAGCAAAAUACAAUGCUUGCAUUCUUGAGUAUAAACAAAGUGGAGAGAACAUUGACAUCAUCACCAGAGCCCAUGGUAAUGUGCAGGAUCGUAUUGGUCGUCCAUCGGAAACAGGUAUAAUUGGCAUAAUUGAUCCAGAGUGCAGAAUGAUUGGACUAAGGCUUUAUGAUGGCUUGUUCAAAGUGAUUCCUUUGGAGCGAGAAAAUAAAGAAUUAAAGGCCUUUAACAUUCGACUAGAGGAGCUACAAGUUAUUGAUGUGAAAUUCCUCUAUGGCUGCCAGGCCCCGACCAUAUGUUUUGUUUAUCAGGAUCCACAGGGCCGUCAUGUCAAAACAUAUGAAGUGUCUUUGCGUGAGAAAGAGUUUAACAAGGGACCGUGGAAGCAGGAAAAUGUAGAGGCUGAAGCCUCAAUGGUGAUUGCAGUGCCUGAACCAUUUGGAGGGGCCAUCAUUAUUGGACAAGAAUCCAUUACUUAUCACAAUGGUGAUAAAUAUCUGGCUAUAGCCCCACCCAUCAUUAAGCAAAGUACAAUCGUAUGUCACAACCGGGUAGAUCCAAAUGGGUCCCGUUAUCUAUUGGGCGAUAUGGAGGGUCGGCUAUUCAUGCUACUUUUGGAGAAGGAGGAGCAGAUGGAUGGUGGAGUCAGUCUCAAGGACUUGCGUGUGGAACUGCUUGGUGAGACAUCCAUAGCAGAAUGCCUGACAUAUUUGGACAAUGGUGUUGUGUUUGUUGGCUCUCGUCUAGGGGAUUCCCAACUUGUGAAGCUCAAUGUGGAUAGUAAUGAACAAGGCUCCUAUGUUGUGGCCAUGGAAACUUUCACCAACCUCGGGCCAAUUGUGGACAUGUGCGUGGUAGAUCUUGAGAGACAGGGUCAAGGCCAGCUGGUUACAUGCUCUGGUGCCUUUAAGGAAGGUUCUCUGAGAAUCAUCCGGAAUGGAAUUGGGAUUCAUGAACAUGCCAGCAUUGAUCUCCCAGGGAUUAAAGGAUUAUGGCCUUUGAGGUCGGACUCUCACCGUGAAACUGAUAACACCUUAGUGCUGUCUUUUGUGGGACAAACCAGAGUUUUGAUGUUGAAUGGGGAGGAAGUAGAGGAAACAGAACUGACAGGAUUUGUGGAUGAUCAGCAGACAUUCUUCUGUGGUAAUGUGGCUCAUCUGCAGUUAAUCCAGAUAACAUCAGCCUCAGUCCGGCUUGUCACUCAAGAGCCAAAGGCUCUGGUGAGUGAAUGGAAAGAGCCAAAUGGGAAGAACAUCAGUGUUGCUUCCUGCAAUAGCAGUCAAGUAGUGGUAGCUGUGGGGAGAGUGUUGUACUAUCUGGAAAUCCAUCCCCAGGAGCUCAAACAAAUAAGCUUUACAGAGAUGGAGCACGAGAUUGCCUGUCUGGACAUCACCCCCUUGGGAGACACCAAUGGCAUGUCCCCUCUCUGCGCUAUUGGCCUUUGGACAGACAUUUCAGCCCGUAUUCUUAAGCUGCCCUCAUUUGAACUAUUACACAAGGAGAUGUUAGGAGGAGAGAUUAUCCCACGUUCCAUUCUGAUGACCACCUUUGAGAGUAGCCAUUAUCUGCUUUGUGCCCUAGGAGAUGGGGCCCUGUUUUAUUUUGGACUGAACAUUGAAACAGGUUUGCUGAGUGACCGUAAAAAAGUAACUUUGGGAACCCAGCCCACUGUUUUAAGGACAUUUCGCUCACUUUCUACCACCAAUGUAUUUGCUUGCUCUGACCGCCCUACCGUCAUUUACAGCAGCAACCACAAACUGGUCUUUUCCAAUGUCAAUCUUAAGGAGGUGAAUUAUAUGUGCCCUCUUAACUCAGAUGGGUACCCUGACAGCUUAGCUCUGGCCAACAACAGUACUUUGACAAUCGGCACCAUAGAUGAAAUUCAGAAACUGCAUAUCCGCACUGUUCCCCUUUAUGAAUCACCCAGAAAGAUCUGUUAUCAGGAAGUCUCUCAAUGUUUUGGCGUGCUCUCCAGUCGUAUUGAAGUUCAGGAUGCUAGUGGAGGCACCACUGCAUUGAGGCCCAGUGCAAGUACCCAGGCUCUUUCCAACAGUGUGAGUUCUAGCAAGUUGUUCUCUAGCAGCACAGCUCCACAUGAAACAUCAUUUGGUGAGGAAGUAGAGGUACACAAUCUGCUCAUCAUAGAUCAGCAUACAUUUGAAGUACUCCAUGCUCACCAGUUCCUGCAGAACGAAUAUGCACUAAGCCUGGUCUCCUGCAAAUUGGGCAAAGAUCCCAAUACCUAUUUCAUUGUGGGAACAGCCAUGGUGUAUCCUGAUGAAGCCGAACCCAAGCAAGGCCGCAUUGUGGUGUUCCAUUAUUCUGAUGGUAAACUGCAGAGUCUGGCUGAGAAAGAAGUAAAAGGGGCUGUCUAUUCCAUGGUGGAAUUCAAUGGAAAACUCUUAGCUAGCAUAAACAGCACGGUGCGAUUGUAUGAAUGGACAGCAGAGAAGGAGCUUCGCACCGAAUGCAACCAUUACAACAACAUCAUGGCACUCUAUGUGAAGACAAAGGGCGACUUCAUUUUAGUUGGAGAUCUUAUGCGCUCUGUACUUCUGCUUGCCUAUAAGCCCAUGGAAGGAAAUUUUGAAGAGAUUGCUCGUGAUUUUAAUCCGAACUGGAUGAGUGCUGUGGAGAUCUUGGAUGAUGACAAUUUCUUAGGGGCAGAGAACGCGUUUAACUUGUUUGUGUGCCAGAAGGACAGUGCUGCGACAACUGAUGAGGAGCGCCAGCAUUUACAGGAGUUUGGGCUCUUCCAUCUGGGUGAAUUUGUCAAUGUCUUCUGUCAUGGGUCCCUAGUCAUGCAAAAUCUGGGUGAAACAUCUACACCAACACAGGGCUCAGUGUUGUUUGGCACAGUCAAUGGAAUGAUUGGACUGGUGACUUCUCUGUCAGAAAGCUGGUAUAAUCUCCUGUUAGAUGUCCAAAACAGGCUCAACAAAGUCAUUAAAAGUGUUGGGAAGAUAGAACACUCUUUCUGGAGAUCAUUUCAUACAGAACGCAAGACAGAACCAGCCACUGGAUUUAUUGAUGGUGAUUUAAUUGAAAGCUUUUUGGAUAUCAGCCGACCUAAGAUGCAGGAGGUGGUGGCUAACUUACAAAUUGACGAUGGCAGUGGAAUGAAGAGGGAAGCUACGGUAGAUGACUUGAUCAAGAUUGUGGAGGAGCUCACUCGUAUCCAUUAGCUGAAUUAGCUGAAUGAGAAGAUAACUUCCUGCACCUUCCUUCAGGAUAGCAUAUGGAGUCUUUCCCAACUGGUUUCCUCGCCAGUUUCACUGUAAUGCUAGAGCAGUAGCAAUGUGCCUGAAGUGGGAAAUCUCUGAACUGAAGCCAUGUUGCUAAAGACUUGCAAAUGCAGUGUUGGCAGUUGACGACAUUGUAUUCUGCUUGGAUUCACCAUUCAUCUGCCACCUAAUAAUGGUCCCAGCAGGUUUUUCCCUCUGAGUAACAGCAGCUGGCAAAGAUGUCCCUCUGCCUAGACUCUUUCCACACUUCAUUUGCUGUUGUCUUAGAACCUCUGAUUUUAUUUUGUUCCUGGUGUUUUUAAGUGGAGGUCUUUCCCCAUACCCCUCUUUGUUUGGAUGAGAAGGUGGCUAGAUGGCUGCAGCGGCUGUUGGAAAGAUGGAAGUGACAUUUAACUCUUAUAAGGUGCUUUCAGGAUUAGGGCUGCUUAAUCUCGAGGAACCCAAUUGUGGGUAGCAGCCUCUCUAUUCCAACAGCUUUGCUGCUUAUUCAGGGAGAAGAGACUAGAUUGCAAUUUUUUCUGUUAUUGGUUUUGAAAAUUUUACCAAAUAAAAGUAGUCCAAGAGGAAAGGUUUGGCUGUUGUCAAAAUCUUUUCAUGCUUUUCUGAACUCCUUUACUGAGGAGGAAAGAAACUUUGUUCUCUCAUGUUUUAUAUUUCAACACUCCCAUUAGUCUAUAAGAAACUAACUACUCUCAUUUUGUUUUUGUGUUUUCUGGUCAAUUAGCUUGUAGACGUUUUUUAAGGGGAUGACAAUAUACCUCGUUACCUCUUUUCUCUCUCUCAUUCCUGCCAGUAGGAGGCAGACUUUUAAGAAGAGGGUGGUGGGAUUUUGUUGUUGUUGGACUGAUAAGCACAGGGUUCUCACUUCUCAUUGUUCUGCUGUCACAUAUUAAGAAUUUUCAUUCCCUUCUAGCGUGUGAGAGUUAGAAAAUAUUUUUUUUGCAUUGGACAUUUUACUUAAUUUUUCUCCCUUUUUUUUGGUAAAAGCUUGUCAUGACAAUUCUGUGAUAAGAGUUUAUGGGCUGGGGAAAAGGCUCUUCUUCAAAUUCAUCCCACAAAUUCACAUCAUUGCA